AUGCCAAGCCCACCAUUCAAGGUAAUCUCCAUAUUUGAGUACAAGUCUGACUAUGACGACGAUUUACCGUUCCCUGUGGAUCAGGUAAUAACCGUUGAUACAAUCGAAGAUGAUGAAUGGUACUCUGGGACUUUAAACGGACGUUCCGGAAUGUUUCCCAAAAAUUUUGUGAAAGAAUAUGAAUCUGCAGAGGUGAAACCAGCCGAAGCGACGCCAAUUGAGUCUAUAAAGCAAACAGAAGCUGUGGAAGAACCUGCCCAGAGCAGCUCGGUGGUAGAACACGUUUCUCCAACACAGCCGAAGGUGGCACCUGCUCCCGUGGAAGCACCCAAGUCUCCAACUGCUGCCAAAAUAACAAAUAAAUUCCCAACCGGAGGAGCGGUUUUCCCCAAUCAGAAGAUUCAGGAUCCUUAUGCGGUUAAAAAACAAUUCGUUGCUAGCUCGAAGUCCUCCUAUGUUCCGCAAAUAAAGCCCAGAGAUGAUUCGAAGGUUGUUCAUAAAAUGCACAACGAGGUACCUGUUAGGGAGAUCGUUAAUCAUAACACAGAGGAGACCGAAAAAGAAGAAGUUGCUCCUCAAUUGAGUUUGAAGGAGAGAAUUGCAUUGAUCCAGAAACAACAACAGGAGGAAGCGGAAAGAGAGGCUGCUGCAUUGCAAAAGCAAAAGGAGAGAAAGAUCAAGGCUGCUGAGGAGAAGGAAAAAUUAAAGAAAGAGAAAGCAGCAGCAGCAUUGGCUGCUCCUGAAGCUAAUACUGAUGAUGUUGAUGCUGCAGAUGCUGAAUAUGUCGAGGUGGAUGAACACGACACCCACUCUCACAAAUCAAUAUCACGUCACAACACUGGAAGAUCUUCCAUUAUCCACGAUCACCAUGCUACUGAUGGUGGUGUAGUACAUGGACAACUGAUAGGUGAAGAUGCUGAUCAGGAAGAACAACUGGGCGAAGAAGACGCUGAGAAAGCUGAAGAAAAUGAGGACGAAGAAGGGGCCGAAGAAGAAGAGGAAGAAGAAGACGAAGAAUUACGCAGAAAGAGACUAGUUGAACGUAUGGCCAAGAUGUCUGGUGGUAGGAAUAUGUUUGGUAUGAUGGGAGGAAUGAACCCAUUGGCGCCUGCUGCUGGAGCCAAGCCAACUUCUCCAAAGGCUAAAAAAAUCACCAAAAAGGAAGUCGACGAAGUGGCUCCUAUCAGUGCACCAAAUGUUCCAUCUAUCCCUAAGCCUGUUUCUAUUCUUCCAAUUGGCGCUCCAAAUGAUUUGCCAGCCAAACUGAAAGGAGAGACCACUGCUGGUGGUGGUACGUCUUCAAUGGGAGACGAAGAAGACGAUUACACUGAGUCUGACAGCAAGUUCAUAGAUUCAGGGGAUAUUCAUCCUGGAGCUGGCCCAAUCAAGUCUCCCACGGAGUCCUUUGAGGAAUCAACUACUAUUAGAGGAAGUGACGAUUCUCCUUCGGUUGAUCCUGAUUUAGAAGUUGCAUCAAACCUGAUUCAUUUUGAACCGGAAGGAACGGGAUAUGAGGCUGAUGUAGAUUUAUCCGAUAAACCAAGGGGUGAUGAAUUAUUGAGAAGAGAAUCCAUCAAGAGUAGACUGUCUGUGUCUCUGCACCCAGCACCAUCGCUACCCUCAGUGGUACCACAUGUUCCAGUUCUGCCUGAACUGAAGAAUUUGCCUGAGCCAACUGUGGAUGACCGUAGAGACGAUGGAGAAAUUUCACCUGCAUUUGCAGUACCACCUCCAUUACCGGCCCACCCGCCAAUUCCAUCCGCAGUCGCACCUACUUCUCCUAUUCCACCUGUUCCACCUAUUCCACCCAUUCCACCCAUUCCUUCUGCAAGACCACCACCACCUGCACCCCCAUCAAUUCCAACGCCACCUGUCCCUUCAAUCCCGGUCGCUGAUAAGCUGUUCAAUGAGAAUGCCUAUGAAGAAGAUGAAGAUGCUGAUUCGGAGGAAUACGAUUUUGUCCCGGUGAGCCCAUCUAGAGCUUUCAAUGCUCCAAGUCAUUCUCAGGUACCCGGUCGUGCUCCUCCGCCACCGCCACCAACAGGUGCACCAGCACCUCCUUUACCGACAUCUGCACCACCUCCUCCAUCACAACAAUUCUCUCGGGCUGCUACAGAUAUUCCUUCCUCUGCUCUACCUUUGAACAGAACCUCUACUGGGACCUCGAUUGGUUCUACUGGCAGAAGACAUUCUUCAGAUUUCAAUCUACAGCGCACAGGAUCCUUUACCUCUCCUACCAAGGAUGGCGUCUCUCAGGCUCAGUCUGCUUUCAACGAUUUAGAAUUUGAAAUUGCAAACAUCAACUCCUCUUCGAGUUGGUGGUUGAAGAAUGACUUGCCCGAAUCGCUUGCUCCAAAGAUCGGUGCAGAAUUGACAUUUGAAGUCGAUUCUCAUUCUAUAACUAAAAGAUUAGGUAGACAUCUUGUCUUGAAAGAUUAUUAUGUAUUAUUUUCCGAUCUUUCGCAGCUAAUCUUUGAGCUAGAGUACGAUUCUGAAGAUCCUCGCUCCACUAUCAAGUUUGUUAAUUACUUUGUGAAACAAUCUCCUAUUGUCCGUAAAGAUUUACUUGACAAGAGCUCCAGGGAGUUUGGUCACAAGAUUGUUGAAUUAGCAGGUGCCAGUCAAAAGAUUAGCGGUACUGAUGGGCUUGUGUUUGAAGUGUUGGAUAAAUUAUCUCACUCUGACAACUUAUUGAAGCCCAUCGGCAACAAAUCCUUUGGAGUCCCCAUUUACCGUAACACCAACAACGUGAAUAUCGGUAAAGUUGAUGAAAUUAAACCAGGUGAUAUUCUUUGUAUUAAACUGGGCAAAUUUGUAAACCAUAAGGCUUUUAAUAUUGGAAAAAACAGCCAUAUCCAUGUGGGAGAAGAUGGAGACGUAUUCAGCGCGAUUAUCUAUGAAUUUGACCCAAAGAAGGACAGGUUUAAAGUAUUGCAGCUGGAUGCCAGUGGCUUGGUACAUAAAGAGAGUUACAAACUUAGUGACAUGAAGAGUGGAAGAAUUAGAGUAUUUAGAGUGGUAAGUAGGAGCUAUGUCGAGUGGUAG